UCUCUUGUUUGUUCUUCUUGCAAGAUCAUCUGCAAGGUGCUAAAUUUAAGUGGUCGUUAUGGUGAAAAGUGGAAAUUUAUUUCUUUUCAUUGUCUCAGUCAGUAUUGCCUGGGCACUCCCAAAUCGAGAUGCCAAGACACUUGGCCAGGAGAGGAAUGUCGCAGGAGUGGCAUCCAAUAUAGUCACCUCAACUAUCCUUAAGGGAAACAUUGAUAAUCAAGAUAACUUUGUCUUCUCACCUCUCGGGUUCUCCUCGAUUUUGGCAAUUCUGAGUGAAGGAGCUCGAGGGCAGACUUACGAUGAGAUCAAUGAAAUCCUGCGUCUUCCAAAUGAUCGUGAGAGAGUGAGGGAUACAUACAGUGAAGCUUUGAGACAUCUUCAGGGUGAUGAUCCUAAGUCAGCUCCCCAGUUCAAGACUUGGUUCUACAUCUAUAGAAACAACACUGCAGAAGAGAGUUUCAAGGAGACCUUAAGGAAGUGUUAUUUCGUCGAUGUAAGGGACAUUGAUCGCUACGCCUAUGACUAUGAUGAUCCCAAAACCUCAGAACCAAUUGAAAAUAGCAAGGAUAUUCCCAAUUUUGAAGAUCUCAAAAAAUCUGAACCAGCUGAUGCCAGCAAGUCUGAAUCUCUGCCCGACAAGAAGGACAAAGAAGCGGAAAUUUCAAAGUUCGAUAAAGAGAUCGACGAUAAACAGUACGUUGAAGUUCCUGUGAUAAAAGAACACCUGAAAAAAGAAAAGGAAGGAUCAUCCAAGAAGAAGCUCGAUGAAACUAUAAAAGUAAAGACAGAGCCUGAAUUGAAAAAAUUGGAAGAUUUGGAAAUUCUUCAGUUCGCCAAGCAGCAUCCUGUAACAAAGAAGUCGGAGGCUACAGGUCGCGGUCUCUAUGAAAAUGACGUAGCUUCCGCUUUGAGCGGAAAUUCUCUGGUUGGAGAGAAGGUUGGCACAAAGGCUGAGACUCCCGCUGAACGAUAUGAAUCUAAAAUGCUUCUGUUUAACGGUUUGUACUUCCGUGGCAGCUGGGGAGUUCCCUUCCAGCAACUUCGAUCUGAUCCAGAGGACGUCUUCUACUGUUCCGAGACAGAGAAGAAAGUGGUAACGAUGAUGAGAUCUCGAGGAAACUUCAGAUAUGUCGACUGUGUCAAGUACAACAGUCAAGUUAUUGAACUUCCUUAUGAGAAUGAUCGGUAUUCUCUGUUAAUUGUGAUGCCUAAUGAUAAGGAAGGUCUUAAGAAACUCAUCACAGAAUUCAAUGCGGAUAUCCUGGAGGAAAUGGUAUCCCAUGUCGAAGAGACAAGUAUUGAGUUGCGUCUUCCAAAAUUCAAUUUGGACACCACUAGCCGUGCUGAGAAGCACUUGGCAAAGAUGGGACUGAUUACGAUGUUCACAUCAAAAGCCGAUCUAAGUGGAAUUUCUUCAGCGCAAAAACUUCAUGUGGAUGAACUCGUUCAGCAUGUUUCCAUUAAAGUGAACGAAGGUGCCAGCAGUGAAAAUUCUCUGACGGCCGCUAAUGCCGUUCGUCCCAAAUCCAGUGAGAAUGCAGAUAAACUCCUUACGAUCGACAGACCCUUCUUAUUCUUCGUUCGUGAUCAUGUGGAUAAUCUAACUGUGGUUGCUGGAAAGAUCACAAAUCCACCCAAUACAGAAUCUCAAGCUCUUCUUUCCAUUCUUGGAGUCAUUUGUUGGCAACAUUCACAUGUUUUUGCCCAUAAUCUGGCCGAUAAUUCGGACAGACUGAUAUUUCCGGGAGAAAUGGGCAUUGCUGAAGAAUCACCAACACAUCACAAAUCACCAAUAGCAUCGCGUCAAACAAGUGGAACUAUUAGUGAUAUUGUGAUAGCGCAGCAGAAUCAGCAGACAGACCAAAUUAAUAAGUACCUCAGCUCUGGGAGAUUCCCUGCUCCCAAUACACAGCAAAAACCGCAAGAGCAACAGUAUCAGCCACAACAAGGUAACUACAAUAGUCCACAGACUAUUAAGCAGCAGUACGAGGCUGAGCAGAUGAGACAGAGAUAUGAACAGGAAAGACUUCAACAGGAGCACCAUAGACAGCAGCUACUGGAGCAGCAGAGAAUCCAGGAAGAGCAUCAAAUUCGUAUACAGCAGCAGGAAGAUAUUCGACGUCAGCAAGUUCAGCAGCAAUAUUUCCCACAGCCAGUGGACCAAAAGUCACCAACAGUCACAGAGAACUACAUUGACCCCCUGAAUUUCCAGCUGCCCCACGCCCCCAAUCGGAUCACUUCACGUCCGCAUCAACCAAGCGAAAGUGAUGCGAUUACCGGCUUUGCCUGGAGAUUAUUCAAAGGUAUCAAACCACCAAAUCGUCACACCAACAUCAUUGUGAGCCCUCUUUUGACCCAAUUGUCUCUGUCCCUGCUGGAAAGUGGAGCUGAAGGGUAUUCGCGGGAACAAAUUCAAAAUGCUGUGCAAACAUCUCCGGAAUUUUUAGCCCAUGUUGUGCGCUCAAUGAAAAACUCCCACGGAUCCACGAAUUUGGAAUAUUCUGCUGCACUCUUUAUCUCCAACUACCUGAAAGUCAAUGGGUCAUUUGCCCAGAGGGCAAAACAGGCUGGCUCUGAUACCGUUCCGGUGGAUUUUCCCAAUCAAUCGGCUGCCAUUAAGCAAAUAAAUAGUUGGAUCGCACAGGCAACAAGGAAUCACAUUCCUAACUUCCUGGAUAGCAGUACACCGACACAGGGCAUUGACUUACUCCUUGCAAAUGCAAUUUUCUUCAAGAGCAUUUGGAGGCAUCCCUUCAAUGAGACAUUUAAAGGAGACUUUUCCUACCAAGACGGUCGUCGAGGACCGGUGACUUACAUGAGAGUAGCCAAGCAUAUGAGAACAGGAACAAUUGAAUUACCUGGACCAUCUGGUGGACUCAAAUGGGUGGAAAUUCUUUAUGCGGGAGCUGAUUUCUCAAUGAUUCUCAUUAAACCACGAUCAAAAAACACUCUUGAAGAUCUCAUCAGAGUAAUGACACCAAAUGAGCUCUCUGCCAUAAUGGAUGAUUUAGAUUUCUCCAUGACGCAUAUUGUUAAGCUUCAGAUGCCUAAAUUCCAUCUCAAAUCACGAGUUUCACUAACAAAAUCCCUUCUUGAGAUGGGAGUUAGUAACAUCUUCACUAGCCAAUCAAAUUUACCUUACAUCGCCCUCAAUGCACCAGUAGCUCGUGUUACGGAUGUUAUUCAACAUGCAGUUCUGAAUGUUGAUGAACUGGGUACAGUAGCAACCGCCGUGAAUACAUUUUCAGUCAUUACAUUGAGUAUCAGUGUUCCUGAUCCAGAAAUAUCAUUUGUUGUCGAUGAGCCAUUCCUAGUUCUCAUUGUAGAUAAGAGACAAAAAGUGCCUCUAUUCAUCACUAAGAUCUACAAUCCCUAAAACUAGAUUAUCCAAAACCUAUCACAUUUUAAACGUAGAUUGGUAGAAGAUUAAGUGUAUGUGAAAAUAAAAAUAUGAGAUUUUGC